AAAUUGAAAAGCAAGGCGUUUGGGCCGAAUUCUAAGCGUUGGUCGAUAAAUCCAUUUUAACCACCGUAUGUCCGCAGCUUCCAUUUGAGACAACUGAGAGCUGAAGAAAGCUGAAAGCCAUGGCAACUUCAUUGGCAGCGAUGACGGCUCGUCGAGCCGCAACCUUCACGCGCUUCCCCAUCUCAAGCUCUACGACUCAACCAGCUUCUCUUGCUCAGCGCCGCGGCCUUGCCGGCGCUGCUGAUCAUCACGGGCCACCUAAGGUCAAUUGCUGGAAAGAACCUAUGAAUCCUGCACAAUGGAAAGAAGAACAUUUUGUGAUUGUAUCUUUGUCUGGAUGGGGCUUGCUUUUCUAUGGUGGAUACAAGCUCUUCACCGGAGGCAAGAAGAACAAAGAAGAGGAAUGGCUUUCAGCUGAUGUAUCAAAAAAAGGGAACAAAAGAGGAAGACUUGCAUUUGAAUGAUCAUUCUAGUUUGAAUUUCAGUUAUUAACUGAACGAGAACAAAAGGAAUGUUCUAUCCAAUUACUUCUUGCAAAUACUAACAGUGUGGACCAGUAGCAAAAAAAAAAAGAAAGAUUUAGGGCCGUUUAGUAACAAGUUUAGAAUUUGAAACGUUGCUUGGUGUAUAUGUUUUUAAUGUUAGAAAACAAUAACAAUUCCCUGAAAAGCAGUGUUUCUAUGAA